CAGACGUACAAAUGACACCAUUCACCUGAUUGAAGUCAGUGUAGCAUCAACAGGGUUUAACAGACAUUAAGUUAUGAGAGAAAAUUUGCAUAUUGAAGAGUUUUGACUUACAGUUCAGCCCAGGACUUCAUCCUUUGACAUACCCACCACAACACUACACAAGUGUAUCACACUCCCACUCCCCCACAGUAACUAUGAUAUGAGUGAUGGUGUUGUUUUCAUCACUGAACAUGAGAUUGUUCUGUGUGGUAGCCGUGUUUACAGUUUCAUUCACUGAAAUUCACUUUCUGUGUACUAAGACAUUCUCAUGUAUCCGUGUGCAUGGAGCCUGUCCUGCAUGUCUUGUGCAUUUCAUGUUGAUUUCAGAGGUCACUCUGAGGCAGACAAGUAGCUUACAAAGAUGUUUUUGCCAAAAAAUGUUAUCGAGCAUUGUUUUGGCAGGACUUGGUGUUUAGAACAAGCUGAGCAAUUGGAUGAAAAGUGCAUUACGUUCGAGUGGUUUGAGAAGUUACGGUUUGUGGAUCUUUUGAUCUGCAGUAAACACUGGACCAGCACACCAAACACCAAUGGAAUGUACUGUAUUGUUUAUUACAUGAAAUCAAGCUGACCACAGCUGUUUUACACUUAAUGACAUGUCUGAAAUCCUUUGGUCAAAAUUCCUCAUGUAUCAAGCACAGCAGCCCUCUCUGUACCCUGUCUGUAGCUCUGUGUUCAGGCGGUCGGUUUCUCAUUCCGCCUCCCUCUUCCGCCCUGCGUACGGACAGCGCGUACGGGAGUGGCGUCACGUUGUCAGGGAGAGAUGUGGCUGCUGGGGAAAAUGUCGCUUUGUAAAGGGAUAUAUUUAAACUAGAGUCAGACUCUGAGCACGAAGAGGCAACACAACAAGUCCAGGCAGCGAGGAGAGAGGAUAUUUCUGAAUGGUUACAAGAAGACUACAGCAGGUUCCAGCCCACCAAUAUGCAUGGUUGACCACCAGCCUGCCUUGAACCUGUGUGUAAUCUAUCUACAGAGCAGACUAUGGACUCUACGUCUGAGGGGAAUAAAGCACUGUUACAGAUACUAGGCCUACAGGAGCUCUGUGAGGGGGAUUUCUCGGCUGGAGAAUCAGGGUGGUGCUGCUCAGCUGUGUGGUGCAAUGCAUAUGGGGUCCCCAGACAGUCAACUCUCAGACUCAGACUGGUCCUUGAUUGAACCUCGACACGCAGCCGGCUACAACCUCUUGCUUCCCUGGUCUUGCAAACUGGCCUGCGAGAUCCCUACAUCUCUCAUUGGGAGCAACAUCCAACAUAACCUAUAAGACAAUGUAGGAGAGAAAAAAAAUUAUAUGGUAAAAAUGUUGAAAAUCGAACAGUUGACCCAGUCGAGCCAGCAGCCCCUCUUUCUUCUACCAACCUGGCUACUCAUGUUAUAUCCAACGGCAGUGGCACCAUCAUGUCCACAACAGCCAAGUACGAGACAACUACAAUUAAAACCACAACAAAACCAAUGUCUACUACAACUACAGCUACAACAUCUCCAAUAACUACAACAACAUCGACGACAUCUCCAACAACAGUGACUCCGACAACAGCGUCUCCAACGACAAUGUCCCCAACAAUAACAUCUCCAACAACAACGACAACAUCUCCUCCAACAACGACGACAUCUUCAACAACGACGACGACGACAUCUCCAACAACAACAGUGACUCCGACAACAGCGUCUCCAACGACAAUGUCCCCAACAAUAACAUCUCCAACAACAACGACAACAUCUCCUCCAACAACGACGACAUCUUCAACAACGACGACGACGACAUCUCCAACAACGACGACAACAUCUCCAACAAUAACGUCUCCGACGACAUCUCCAACAUCUAAGGCAGCAACACACCCUUCAACAACCGUAAAAGCAACAGUGAAACUUACAGAAUCAAACACAACUGUUGCUAUAACUACAACCACAGGUAUGAAGAAGUCACCUCCGUCAUCAUCAUCAUCAGCUGCCACGCCACCUCCAAAUGCCUCAAGUACUCACCAGGUACCCACCACACCUGCUACUAUAACAGUUACCAGUAACACAACUGGCGGCACUCAAAAUGAGCCGGUUGUUUCAGGAACGAGGGCUUCAGUGGUAGAAGUAGCAGGAGCAGCUCUGACCAGACAGCUGGUGGACACAGCGUCUCUGCUGGCCGUCUUGCUCUUCGGCCUGCUCUUCUUCUUAGUCACAGUGGCUGUGUUCGUCACACAAGCCUUCGAGAGCUACAGGAGAAAGGACUACACCCAGGUGGACUACCUGAUCAACGGCAUGUACACAGACUCUGGGGUGUGAGGGAGAAAAGGGAGAAGCACAACUCGAGGAGAUUGUUUUUGCACUCUGAGUCAGAGACUUCAGAAGAGAAGGCUGUCACUCAUCUGUUUCUAUCCAAUUAACACUUUCUUUCUGUCUUUCCUGCAUCUUUCUUGAUUGUCUGAAUGUGAAGAGUUUGUCCCAUUUCUGCCAAAUGUUGAGCAACAUAAAUAGUGGUUACACUCCUACAACAGAAUCACCUCUACGUUGGUUGCAGGUGGUUUUUAUCAUGAAAAACAUGAUUGGAAAUGAAUUCAGAUUUGUUCUGACAUUUAAUAACAAAUAGUGAACAUCAAUUUGGUCAUUUUACAUCUAAUUUUGCCAAAAUAUUUCUUACAUAUCACCCAUGUAACUCUCCUUACUGCAGUGAUGUAAACAUGUACUCCGGGGUGUUCAGGACACUCUGACAUCACUGUUGCCCGUGGUUACAGGAAACCACAGCUCAAGCAGAAGUAGCCAGAUGUUCACAGAGGUUGGAAUAUACACACACCUUUUUGUUUUACCUGUGCAGUCUUGGAUUUUUAGGAAGAAAGAAAUUAUUCAAAAAACAAAAUAAGAUGCUAUUUGUAAUCCUUAUACAACAGAAGUGUGCCAUGAUAAAAAUGAGACAUAACCAGCAUAAAGAGCUGGACAUGAAACUUAAAUCUGAACUAAACAGCCAUGUGGAAAAGUGUUUUCUCAGAAAGACUUUGGAAUUUCACACAGGUUUCCUGCCAGCUCAGUACUGUGGAAUCAUCGCUCUGCACUACCACAGAUGUGGCCUGCUGUGUUGAAGCCUGAUGCUUGUGUGUUAGGGCCAGAGUAUAUACAGUGUGGUGUCUGGUUUAGCUGGUAGGCCAGAAAAAGAGAUCCGUAUGUCAUCUCAGUCGAGACAUCAAGUAGAUAUUCUUCAGUGUCAGUCAGUCUGUUAACGUCGGCUCCAUGUUCUCUGCUCCAUGUUCAUCUGUUUGUUUGGACAGCAGCCACUCUGUUUGGUGACGGUGAUCAGGUCAGACAGACAUAUUAAAACAAAAUGUCUCAUUCAGUUCACUCUGAGAAUAAGAUCCAACCAGGUGACAUUAGUGACAUUCAGGAACCUGAUUUAAUGUGAGGCAGAGCAGCCACAGAUCUCGUACCAACGGCAGCUGUGCACACACUCCGUCUUGCAUGGACUGUUUCACUGACUGUUUCUGGAGAAUAUGCUAUAUAUUCCCAAUAGUGAGGAAUGACCGGGAAGAGCACUGUUGUCAUAACAACAGAUUGACAUUAACCUUUGCAUACCCACAUAAAGUAUGACUGCUAGCCUUUCACAUUUGAUGGAGGCGUUCACAUUCCCCUCUUUCUAGUCUUUGAGCAAAGCUAAGCUAGCCACAUGCUUGGCCUCUGCUCAUCUGUGGUUAACAGCAAAUAAGUCUGUACGUUUUCCAAAUGUUUUUUUUAAGGUUCCAUUUCAAAGUCUUACCAUUUCUUUCUUCUUUCAUUUCAUUCCACAUGCUCUCAGACAUUUCAGCUAUUUUUUACACCCAUAUCCUGCAGUGAAUCAUGGGAAGAGGGCCAUACUAGAUUGUUUACUUCAAUAUAUUUUCUACUUUUGCUCACGAUGAAUGUAUUUUUGAAUGCUCAGCUAUUUGUACUACAUUGAUUGCAUUUCAUGUCUGUUUGUAGAUGUUUCAUGUUUCACUGAUGAACAUGAAUCUUAAACCAGUCACCAUCCACCAUGUUUGAGACUCCUCAUUAUUCCUGAAACGAUAUCUAUGAUAUUAAUGAUUCUGGACAAAUGUUCUUGUCACCUCUAACACUUUUUCUUUCUUCCUGCUGUCCAGUUGUUCUCAAUGGUGUUUCAAAAAGAACAGAAGUCAGUAUCCAUGCCGCACGUUAAAUUACAGUUGCCUUUUCUCUUUUCUUGACCAGUUUGUAUUAACACUCUUCUUCUGAGCCGCUCAUGGUUGACAGACAAUUGCCAAAAAAUCACUGAAGCACAUUAUUGUAUGAUGAAGCCAAGGAAAACAUAAAGCCAUUAUCAAUAUGAAUGACAUGAACUGUACUUGUAUGAGUAGACCUGAAAGCUUUCACAGCAGAAGAUAUUUUCAAAUCAAAUCUUAUUUUUGUGUAAUUGUGUGUUUCAUCUUUUUGUAUCAGACCAGCCAAUUUUGUGUUUUGUUAAUAUGAAUAUCUCUAUAAGUCUAUAAGUUUGUCAUAUCAUAACUCCUUUGUUGUUUCUGGAACAGUGUUUGAAAAAUGUUGGUUCAGAGAGAGGUCAUGGGUGGAGAAUCUCAGCCAGAAUUUUCCCAUUUAAAAAUGUGUUAUCUAUCCCAUUACGUUGAGAAAAUGAAAUCAGGAACAAGGUCUUGAUCCAGAUAUCUCAAGAAAACACUUUUUUCUACUCAUGAAAAUUUGAUCUUGACCUCAUUAUGUUGAGAAGACUCUAUCUGAUAUCUUUAAGAAAAGGCUAGGUUUAUCUUGAAUGACCAAAAUUAACUUUACAUUCUCAUUUUAAAAAGUUUUCCUAUUAGCUUCGGUAAAAAGAAUAUUACUUUCAGGAAACAAAAAUCAAAACUCUUGAACUAUGAAAAAUCAUUAACUUAACUCAUGAUCUCAAUAACGGUUGAACCCAUGAGCCCUCUCUGCUUAAAUAUGACGUGAUCGAUUGUAGUUUUUUUUUUCUUGCCAACUGUGACAAGAAAACCAUUUCAGUUACCUUGACAUCGGAAGAGGCUCUGCAGCUACGAUUGGUGCCCAGGCUUCUCCAGCCUUAUGUGAGACGGCCUUUGAUGUCUGCAGUGAUGACAGAACGUUGUUAUACUGUAUCCAACUGUCCUGGAUGAUGUCACUUGUGUCCAUGACGUCAGACUUCUCGCUGUUAUUUGGAUCUUCUGAUGUCAGUAACUGUAGAGAGAGCCGUUCAAGGUCCUGGAAAGAACACGGAGUGUCCAUACAUGACAGAGAGAAGAUGGCUGCCGUGUGCUAACUCAACAUUGUAUGAAUGCACUUUGAAAAGAUUUUUACUUGCAGAGAAUAAAUAAUAAAAAAGAACUAAAUUGA